AUGCACAGUGUUCCAAAUGACGAUAAAGAGGCUUGGUUCCGCAAUUUUUCCUGCAGGAAGUUUCCUGAAGUGAUUUUUCGGCGUCUUCCUUCUCGCAAGAUCUCUGCGCACAAGGUAUCUGGUGUCUAUUCUCGGAUUUACCAUUUUGUCAGGAAGAUCCUGGCCAUCAUGUUCGCGUUCCAGAUCGCACUCACUGCAAUCAUAAGCCUCCUCUCCCCCUCGCUCGCCUUGAUGCCCCUCGAAGUCGUCCGCUUCCCCACCACCCUCUCCGCCAGCUUCACAUCCUCCAACGCGACCGCCGCACACUCCUGCCCAACGGUCACAUCGACCGUCCGAGCUCACGAGUGCUUCAAGAACGUGCAGGUGUGUCCUGAUCCCGGAACGGUCAGAACGACAACGGUGCCGUGCGGGUGUCCGGCCAGUGCUGCGGCGACGACGGUGACGGCUUGUCCGGGGUGUGGUGGUGUGAGGUGGAUGACUGUGACGGCAGGGGGGUGUUAG